CCCUAAGCCACCGACUUCUUCCUCCUUUGAAAACCGGUAGAAGACUUGAAAUUUCUUCUUUCCUUCUUGUUCAAGAACUGAUUUGGGGCUUAGAAUCUUCCCUCUCAACCCAGAAAUCCCGGAUCUGCUCUGCUUCUUCCUCCCUUGUCCGUCGGGUUCUGUUGGGUUUGAAUCCUUCGGCUUUUUUUGGUAAGAUUUAGCCAUGAAUUCAUCUCUUUAGCUUUGAAUUUGGCUUGGGUUUACCUUGAAUUGUGUUUUGGUUUUUGGAUUGGGUAGCCGCGAGUUCCCUUGCAGAAUUUCUUCUUCUCUGCCGUCGGCUUCUCCCCCCUGCUAGGCGCGGUUUUGCUUGUUAAAUUCUGGUUUUGAUCGUUCUGUCACCGUAGCGCUUGGGUUAGCCUUCGGUUCUGUGCGAGUGAGGUAAGUAAAUUAUGGUAAAGCCCUUCGAUUUUAAAGCAUGUUUUAAACUGUUUUUGAGAUGGUGGCAAGGUUUUAAUUGAUUUUAAAUUGAUUUUACCAGCACUUGAGUGUGAUUAGCUGAAAUGGAAAUUGUGAUGGUUUUCAUGAGAAUUUCCUUGUUUUUCUGGAAAUUGAGCAUGACUGAAAUGAAAAUGAGAAUUUCAUUGUUUUUUUCUGGAGUUUAGCAUGCCCAUUUGGAAUUGACUGAAUUGUUUUGAUGAACUGAGAGUUUGCAAAUUCUGAGGUUUCUGUUAAACCCAUGUUCACAUGGAAUUUUCUGGUUAUUUUUGAAAUUUGGGAUUUUGAUUGUGAAUCCUGCAUGGUUUUGUCUCUGAUAUGGUCAUGAUUUCCGAUCCCCGCUAGUGGGUGUGUAACACUUCCGAUCCCCGCUAGUGGGUGUAACGUUGGCACUCCUGAUCCCCGCUAGUGGUGGGUGUAACGCUAGCACAUGUCGACAUGUUUACUGAUGAUCGGUUUAUUCUGACGCUUGCCGCUGGGCGAAUACAUUGGCAAAUUUCUGUCGCCUGCCAGUGGGUUGUUAUAACACUGGCCAUGACUUAUAGAUGAGACUACUGAACUGAGUUUUCUUCAGCAUUAACGGUUUGUUAUGAGAUGUUUUGUUAUUGAACUGAAUCUGAUUCUGCAGUAACGGUUUUGUCAUUGAACGUUUUGCUAUUGAACUGAACUUGAUUUCCGCAUUAACGGUUUAUUAGUGAAAGUUUUGCUAUGUUUACAUGGUUUAUCUGGCAUGUUAAAAGUUUUACCCAAGGGCUAUCCAUAUUUACUUACUGAGUUUAUCUCAUAGUUUUCCUUGUCCACCAUUUCAGGAUGCGAAACCGAAGACGGGGAAAUCAAGGGGAGUGACGAGUUAGAAGGCUAGCCACUUGUAAUUAAUAUAGAUUUGAGAUAUAAAUUCAUUUCGCAGAUUGUUAGCUUAUAAGAGAUUUGAUCUAGAGAUUUUGAGAUAAUUGAUUUGAGUUAUUGGAUGGUCAGAUGUGAUUUGAAUAAGUUCCGAGCCUUGUGCAUUCGUGGGACCCUCUCACGAGUGCACGGCGUCUGUCGUGCCUCGGAUUUGGGUUCUGGGGCGUGACACUCCUAUUUUAGUAAUAGCAAACAAAUGGGGGAUGUCGCAAUCAACCUGCUAAGUUAUU